AUGGCGGAAAAGAAGAGUGAUUAUGAUUUCGCCCAGCAGAUGAAGAAAUGUCUUGAGAAAGCUUCCAAGGAUUUGACGAACAGAGAAUCUCAAAAUACUCAGCACCUCAGGGCAACUUCCAACACCCAAAUUGCCACACCAACCAAGGAGAGUGUAGUUCAUGUACUUCGAGAUAACCUCCAAUUACUUCAAUUGGUUCAUUCUAAUAUCCGAGAGGCCAUCGAUCAUAACGGCGAAACCCUAGUGACUGAGAGUCUCCAAUCAGCGCAGCCAAGGAAUCCAAGAUGGAUCCUGAUCGCGAUCGAGAAAGUAAUGAAAGAUCAAGAAGAAACAAUUCAAGUAUGUUCAAUUAGCGUCGGUGACCCGCAGACUGGUCAGACUGAGUGGGAAGACCCCACCAAGGUCAUCCAGACGUCCUCACAGCGACUCGCGGUUGUGAGAGAUUGGAUUCACCAGGAAAUAAAAGGCCUGAAAUUGAACACCGGAUAUUUAUGGGGUGUUCCUGCAGAAGUUUGGGAGUCCAUAUUUCUGCUCGUCUCGGAUAGCGAGCUCAAUGACUAUUUGGAAGGGUAUACAGACAAGCCAAUGCGCUCAACCGCAAUGAACCUCUCACAUGUCUGCCGCUAUUGGAGGAUACUAGUACACGGUCAACCGCAAAUCUGGGGCUUGGUAUACGGCCCGCCCGUACGAGCCUGGCUCCCUCGUGAAUAUGAUCUUCUCACCACAUCCAUCAAGAACACGAGUUCUACUAUCACGAUCUUGACUAAUCUCUCUCAUGCGUUUCCUUGGGGCUACUACAGUGUAAGGCGCUACAAGGCGUAUGGUGUGCGAACUAGAGCACAGGAAAUUUCAAGGAGUGAUUUACCUGAAGAGCGAGAUGUAAACCUCCAUGUUUAUAGGCCAACAGAUGGAUUCGAUGGGAGGAUUGAUAGUCUACCGUUUCGAAGAGCAAGUACACUUACCAUCACGAUGGGGAGGAAUCCGCGUCUUACAGGGCGCUUUUUCGAUACGUUUUUCAAAUUCGUGUCAAUACGGUCGUUGACAAUCACUAGUAAUUAUACUGGAGGCAGAGGGAUGAUGCAUUAUAACAUCGAUAUGUCCUUUCCUCAUCUGAAAUUUCUCAAACUUUGGCUAAAAUGGCUUCCUCGUGACUUUCAACUUGAUCACGUACUAGCCCGGCGAUUAGAAGAAUUUCAUCUUUAUCACAAAAUCGACACACCGAUGCUCGGUAUGCCAGAAUAUGGCAUCGAGCUCCCAGAGCUUCAUACGCUUGGGGUUUCAUUCUGCGACUUGUGGAAAUAUCAACCAGUGAAAGUAGGAGCCCUGAGUUCCUUGAUUCUCUAUGGCUCGCCCUUCAAUGGUCAAUUACAUGGGCCUCUCAUAGAAGACCUCAAUAACCUAUUUUACGGACUUGCCCACUUACGCUUUGAGGGUUGGAGGAAACCCGAAUCUCCUGAGAAUGAAUUGGAAGGGGUUGUUGCCGUCCUCGAGGUCUUGGCUCGGAAAAGUCCCGCUCUGAAAUCUAUCAGAGUGUCCAACAGCUUCGUAGAUGGUGAAGCCCUUGUGAGCCUGUUCGUUGAAGCAAGAAGUGGGCUUAAAGGGGACGCAUUGAAGCACACAGAGGAGCUAACAUUGAGCCAUACAACUGGUAUCACCCAAAGUCAUUGCAAUGAGCUAUUAUCACUCGUUCAAAGACUGAAUGUUUAUAUCUGA